CUUUUUGCAAUGCCUGCCAAGCCCGCUCUUGAUGAACGAGAUUUUUCACGAGUGGAUGGAAGUAACCACCUCCAAGAGCGUGCUGGCUACAAAAGCCAAGUUGAUGAGGCUCUGCAAGUCUCUGCCCGAACUGAACCAGCAGCUCCUCAAGCACGUGCUGUUGAUCUUAAGACGAGUCUGCAAGAACGCACCGUUCACCCACACGACGCCAAUUUUGGCGGGUCACUUCGUGGGACCGUCGCUUCUGUGGAGGCCGAGCUCCCAGUUCGUGGCCUACCCUUCCGAAGACGUGCAUCGCACUUUGGCCAAGCUUGUCAAGUGCCUCAUUCUUUUCUUGGACGACAUUUGGAACGAUUUAAACGAGGAGGAAAUGUUCCCUACUUUGAAACUGCAAGCGACUCGGGACGCCAACGGCACGCAGAAGCCAUCGGACGCGUUCGUCGGCCGCAGCGUCCCUGCGUACGUGGAUGAGAUGGAGCAGGAGUCCAGGAGGAACAACAGAAUCAGGGACGUGCUCCAGACUUCACAAGAGUACGCGUCCUUCGAACUUCUCCCGGCAUCAUCAUCCAGUGGAAAUAAGGUCCAGGCGUCGUGUCCGCCAAGCAAUCCGUCUGGUUUGCAGCCACGACUGAACAGUCGUUCCGUGCACACAUGGCCCGGUUGCGGCAAGGCCAAGGUCGGCCAGGCAGAACUCGAUAAGAGCCAAUUGAACGACGCGCUUCUCGCGACUGGUGCCGGCGCCGUUGACCGGUCAAAGACGGCCACUUUCCCACGCUGCACACCUGGCGCUAUGCUAGAAGACGCCGAGUCGGCUUUCCCCUCAUUUGGCGAAGACUAUCUGUACCCGGACUGGGCCUUCCUGUACCCCGAGUGGGACCUUUCGGGCGACACGUUGCCAGGAUGGGCGACUAGGUCCUGCUUCACCCUCGACCUCAACAGUCUCGCCGAACAAACCACCGUAAAAUCAUUGCUAGAACAACUAAAUAAGCUAUGCCUAGAAUAUCGCGGGAGUCUAUUCAAUGAUUAUCUUGUUGAAGCCGCCAUUUUGGUACUUAGUACAGAGUUGACGCAACCGAAGAUAGCUACCAUUUGAAGGUGGGACUUUCUGAACAUUAGGUAUCAUGAUCCUCAGGCAGUUGCGGUUCGCUCUGUCGCUAACAGUUUUACCAUUUAUGAAGACCGGGAAAAGCACUUGCUGCGCUUUCAGGUGAAGCUUCAGAUAACUGGCAACCAUGAUUUCUGGCACCAAGAUGGCCGACAGGUCGUUACUCAAAAGCCGCGGCUAGUUUAGUGGCUGUAAUCAUUGCUAUAUAAGAGCGAUGUGGCCGUCUUACAAUCGCGACGACGCCGUAUUUUCUAGCGCAAGUGGAUCGGCAUCAACACGCAGCUGUUCAACAAGGUCAGCAACUUACCGGUUUCCGAAGACGGACCUUUCCGUCAUUCAGAACUACCCGGAACCAAGUUGUGAAGUGGUCUCAAGAAACACGUGUGCGUGAUUGACAGACCAGCCUGUGAUAAACGUUCUGCGAUUAAAUACACAAUCUCUUGCUUUUUUCAAGUAGUGGUAUCGUAAGUGAGGACAGGUGACGUAAAGUGGCAAGGUUUAGUAAAAAAAGAAAGAAAAUGAAGGCAGCGCACAGCAGCCGUAGGAUCUAGAAAGCGCCAUAUGUUCUUCCUGAAAAAUGUGUUUCAUCAUAUAGAGGUUCUGCGCAGUUUCAGGGGGCAUAUUGUAUUUGUAAGAAGCAUAGAGUGUGCCUUUUAUCUGGUACCUUCUGGUGCUAAGAACUACAGAUUGUAUGGUACUUGUACAAUGACGCUUCGCCUUUAAGAGUACCUGAUAAGCUAGAUUGGAUUUUCACUGAUUAGAUUUCAUUGUACCUGGAUUGAACUUGUCCUGCCCUAAAAUAAAGAAAACAAAUAAAAAUAUCUCGUGUAAAGGUUCUGGCUGCCCUUAUAACGUCUUGCACCCUGAAAACGUGUCAUCACCACAGACUAGUGGAUUAGCUUGCACAAGCGUGGCACACAGCCGAUUAAUACUUUGACUAUCAUUGUUGGCUUACUGGAGUGGACAAACUAUAGAUUUACAAAUUGACUUACGAAAUUUGGGUAGUAUCUUAUAAAAAAAAAUGAUUUCGUGAGAAUCAAAUAGGCGCACAUUAUUCCACGUCUGUCUCAAACUAGAAAAUUUAAGUUACAUGUAAAAUAGAAGGGUCUUUAAAGCGCCCUGUUUCGUCCACCCCCUUCCGUCCUUGUCUAUUUUUGGCGCUUUUUUAUGCAUCAUAAACCCAACUGGCCCAAAUUGCCGUUUUCAUUGUGCUUAAAGGCCUGACAUGAUUUUUAAAAACCGUGCGAAUUUUCCAAAAUUUGUUUUAGUGUUACAGCAUACAAAAAGCUCAGAUUCAUAUAUGCGUAACGAAGAGUAUCAAUAUUAUACUGUUGUGUUCCCUCGUUUCAUUGAACUAGUAAGUAAAUUUAUGUUUUAUUUUGCGGAUAAUAGCUAAA